AUGAAGAAUUCAGAAUUAGUCAUAAUCUUCAGCAGCAAAAACCUUGGAGAGCUUCACCGUAUGGGCUUGAACGACUUCAAUCGAUUUGAGGGAUCCAUGGGAAUUCAUCACCGCAUUCCCUUAUUUGCAAAAUUACCAAUUAUUUUGUUCGGAUAUCUGGUGGCGCCUUCCAAUAUAUCCGUCUUUGAAUGCGUUCAGGGGUGGUAA